AUGGAGAAAGGUGAUCGUGUUUCAGAGUAUUUAUUCGCUAAGAUGGGGCCAGGGGAUCGAGGGCCGAAGACCACGGAGGACAGGGAGGCACCGGUGGAGUACACUGGAGUGAAGAAGUGGUUCGUGGACAACACGUUGCUGGUUGUGACGUUGGCUGGGGUAUUGAGCGGAAUCGCUGUAGGAUUCGGUCUAAGACCAUACCACCUGGGACCAGAUGCUCUAAUGAUCAUUUCAUACCCUGGCGAAUUAUUCAUGAGAUUACUGAAGCUGAUGAUUCUACCACUGGUGAUAGCGAGUUUGAUAGCUGGGUCAGCGAGUCUUAACGCCAAAAUGAGUGGAAAGAUCGCUCUUCGGACGCUGUCGUACUUUGUUCUGACGUCGAUGUUCAAUGCGUUCUUCGGAGUACUCCUGGCUGUGCUGGUACACCCAGGGGAGUCUUAUUUGAAGGAGAACAGUGGCCCUGCGGUGGUGAAGCGAGAUCAUAAUAUAUUGGAUAGUUUGCUUGAUAUUGGUCGAAAUAUUUUCCCCGAUAACAUAGUUCAAGCCGCAUUCCAGCAAGCUCACACAGUGUAUGUGCAACCGCAGACAUUAUUUGCUAGUAAUGGGACGGAAAAUGGGACUGAACCGGCGCUAGUUAGAGUGAUACAAUAUAGAUCAGGGACGAAUACAUUAGGUUUAGUAUUUUUCUGCCUCGUCUUCGGUAGCCUAUUAGGUACCCUGGGGCAGAAGGGGCAGGUCGUCGUAGAUUUCUUCCAGGCCAUAUUCGAAGUGAUCAUGAAGAUGGUAGCCGGAGUUAUGUGGUUCACACCGGUCGGCGUUAGUAGUGUUAUCGCUGGGAAGAUUCUUGGCGUUGAUAAUGUGGCUCAAGUGAUGUCGCAACUGGCCUGGUUCAUAGCCACUGUGGCGAUCGGCGUGUUUCUGUACCAACUCAUAGUGAUGCAACUGCUCUAUUUUAUUUUCCUAAGAAGAAACCCUUAUAAGUUCUAUUGGGGAUUAUCUCAUGCUAUGCUGACGGCUUCCGCCACCGCGUCCACAGCAGCUGCAUUACCAAUAACAUUCCGAGCUAUGGAGGGCCCGCUGCGCAUCGAUGCUCGGAUCACCCGCUUCGUGCUUCCCAUCGGCUGCAACAUCAACAUGGACGGCACAGCCCUCUUCCUAGCUAUUGCCAGCGUCUUCAUCUGCCAGAUGAACAACAUGCACCUCGGCUUCGCUCAGCUCGCCACCAUAUUUCUUACGUCGACGGCAACAUCCCUGUCUUCAGCAUCUGUUCCAUCUGCAGCAAUGGUGCUGCUUCUGGUAGUUCUUGCUGCGGUAGACGCACCAACACAAGACGUUUCAUUGUUGUUCGCUGUUGAUUGGCUCGUGGACAGAAUAAGAACCACUAACAACAUGCUGGGAGAUUGCUACGCAGCGGCCAUUGUGGAACACCUUUCCAAGCAUGAGUUGAUGGCGUGUGAUGCUGCUUCCAUGGAACCCGUAGCCACUAACGGUACUCUACCAACGACCACCACAGACCUAGACAUAGGCUCAUCUAAGAAAUCCCUAGAGUCAGACGACAUCGUUAUCGAUAUGCAUUUAAGUAAUAUUGAUGAUAAGAGUUAG